UUUACCUACUGUUGCGACAGCAACCCACAUACAGAUCAAAUGCACUUCUUGGACUUGUUACUCUUAAGUCGAAGUAAAAUUAAACUUUUAAAUCAGCUUUCCUCCCAGAUCAAAGAUGAAGCAGAACAAUGCUCAGAUGCUAAGGCAGGGUGCCACUGACUUUCUGGCUUACUAUGGCUUUGCUUGUGCCAGACAGGAUUCUAUGCCUCUCACUGCUAUCAAGAGACAUCUUGACAAAGGAAUGCUGGACUUUAAUGGAGACAGGCUGGAUCUCAGAGACUUGCAACCUGUUCUCAACUCUAUCUCUAUCAAUCAACACUUGAACCACAUUGCAAUAAGAAGCACUCAUCUUGGUUCUGAAAAUGCAGAUAAAAGGUAUUAUAGGCCUACAUCUAGGAGGGAAAUCCCAUUCAUUUGCUCCAAGGACAUGACACUUGAGCUGUGCAAGGCCCUAAGAGAGUGUCUGACUAUCUCCUCCAACCUAAAGACUCUACGACUUAAUGGACUUCCACUGAAUAAAAGGGACCUCAUCACACUGAAAAAGGGUUUGGAAAAAAGUAUGUCCCUGGAACACCUUUCUCUGGCCAAUUGCCCAAUCUCGGACGAGGGUUUGGAGGUCAUUUGUAAAAUUGUGAAGCACUCUCCAAACAUCAAGAGAGUAGAUUUCUCAGGGUGCAAUCUCACUUGGAGAGGAGCAGAGCACAUCGCAAGCAUCAUCAAGUAUCAGGGUGUGCAGAGGCAGGGUAUCGCGUGGGCGAAGUCUCUCAGAUAUCGUCAUCCACACUUGGAAGAAAUGGGAGGUCUUCGCCGUGUCACUCUUAACGGUAACUCUUUGAUCGGGGACUGUGGUGCCGCUGCUAUUGGGCAUGAACUGGCAGAGGAUUUCUGGAUGAAAGCGGUGGACCUACAGAGAUGUGGUCUUUCCAAUGAAGGAGCUUACCAUUUGCUUGAAGCUGUGAAAACCAAUUCUGUUCUGUGUGUACUGGAUAUUCACAGUAACCCCUCGGUCGAAACCCGCAGUUCAAGUGUUGCUCCGGUACAGAAACCUCCUCCACGCUCCCAACACGUUCCUUGGCAUGCUGCGGCACGAGCUGGACGCCGGAGGGGUCUUCCUUAUGUAGGAACUGUGGCAAAACAAAGCUUUAACGGUGCAACUACUGAUCAGAUUGCUGAGGACCUAAAAGGAGAAAAGGAAGAGAAAAGAUUAAAAGUAUAUGUCCAGGACCAGGAUGGGGUCAGUGGACGACAGUUUGACCGUUUGCAGAUGGAGCUGAGUGAGUGUCGUCUGAGGCUGGCAAAGGAGAGCACAGCCAGACUGAGAGCUGAGUCAAGGCUCAAGGAGUAUGAGAUAUGGAAGGCAUGUCUUCCUGAUGCUAAACACUCCAUGCCAGAGGCGCUUGCAGCCGCUGGCUCCAGGUCAGCACCGCGUACUGUCAGUGUUCUUGAGGAUGAGGCUGUACUUGAGAGUAUAGAGAAAUCAUUUAUCAAGUUCCAUGCCUUCCUGGAUCUCCUCAGGGAUGCUGGCCUAGGUGAGCUUGCUGCAAUGGCUGGACAUGACGCUUCAGAUUUCCAUCCUCUGGGAAUACCUCAGCUGUCCACUACAACUGGAACGUAUUUGGAUGUUCGGAAUGCUAUGACACAGACGGUUGCUUUUCAUUCUUUGGUACAUAGUGAUCCCCCUACUCUCCCUGAUGGCCCAAGAGAAACAGCCACACCCAGAUCUCCAUCCUCCAUCAGGAAGCACUUCUUUGAAGACAUGCAACAAGAUGUGACCGUUAGUAAGGCCUCUGAUCCUGCAAUACAAUCUGGUAUGGCUGAAAAAGGACCAGAUCAGUAUUACAAGCCUUAUUUUUGGCAUGAUGUGGGUCCUGAGCACAGCGUCUAUAGCAAAAAAUCAGUCGAUGAGGUUUUGUUUGGUGAAUCACAUCAGAUUCAACAAAGCAGAAGCAGUAGCAGAAGUUCACACCUGAGCGACCUCCUUCACAGAAGUCCUGAUUCCCAGAGCAAUGGUUCUCAUGGUAGAUCCUCCGUGCGAUCGAACAUUACCUGUGUGUCUGUGGGAUCAGAUGGGUGAAGGAACAGGGGUAAGGCAGGGAACUGGCUGCCAAUUGAAGCACCGGGCAUCAACUGACCCAUGUUCUGCACAGUUUCUAUAGUCAAAAGACUCUGCUAAGAGUUUUUGGUGAAACUUUAAAGAGUCAAUAAACACAACAGUCAAAAAUCUUUGAUGAGGUUUUGUCUGAUCAAACAUAUCACAUUCAGCAACACCACGUAAUGAUGCACACGGUGUAGGUAUUACGCGGGAUACACAACAUAACUUAAAACUGCACCAGACAUAAAGUGAGUCACAGGACUCACCAAAGGGAGGGGGGGCAGGAGUUGACGGUUUAAUCUUUUCAAAAUAUAGGUAUAUUGCUUAUCUUUCCUGAAUUGUGGGUGACCUUUUAAGAAAGGCAACCUCAUUCAUUCAGCAGCAUGCAUAGCGUCACCAUCACCAGCGUUUCACACAUUCACUCAUUAAUAACAACAGGCUCAGUGUUUUCUCUGGUAUUAAUAUAUGGCAGCACUC